AUGCGUCCCAAGGCGGAAGGCUUUGCCCACAGAGGUGGCCGGGCACACAAAAGGGAGGAGGGUGCAAGAGAGAGGCGGAGAGACAGAAGGCAGAGCCGGCCCGGCUUUUGCCCGCCAGGGCUACUAGAGAGCCCCGGGCAUCCCACGGAGACUUCUCCGCCCGUCCCUCGCUUGGCCCUAGUCCGCCUGUCCGGGCUUGCAGGGAGGCGGCGGGCCGGGUGGCUGCGCUGCGGACCCAGCGCCGGCGCGAGGGCGGCUCUCCCGCGGGGGCAGCGUGGCCCGGCUGCCCGGCAACCGAGCGGCGGCGGUGGCGGCGGCGGCUACAUGGCGACCAGGGCAGCGGCGGUGCCGGAGGCGACCAGGGGCAGCGGCCAGUCAGUGCUGCCGGAUGAAGACAAAAUUAAUAAAGAUGAAGACGCAAUGGCUUGGAGAUUCCUAUCACCUGCUGAGGUUAGCAUUAUGUUGGAACAAGACGUCGCAGGAGUUGAGAAGAGUUUGGAAGAGUUUCUGAAUCUGACGCAUCGGCUGACAUCUUUGAAAGAAGCUGCAUUACUGGAUUAUUAUGUCUCUGGAUUCUGGUGGGCCAAAGGAUUAGAGUUUUCAUCUGUGCAGGUUGGGGGGUUCCUGACUCUCCUCAAUUUGCUGCUGGAUAAUCUGGAGACCUAUCACAUGACCCUGGAAGAGAACAUCCAGGAACUUGCAAGCACCAUGGCUGGCAUUGGGCUGUGCAAUUCAGAGAUAAGCGGCGGGUUUGAGUUCUUCACUGUAGAUCAAGCCAAAGCCAUCAUCAAUUACGUGAAGAGCAGUUUAUUCCAGCAUUAUACACUGUACGAAUAUCUUUUGCACAGUCCCAGGGAGGAAGUUGUGAUUGGAGAUGAGAAAGUGGUAGAACUAGUCAAGCUCUCAAAGACCCCUUUUCCUGCCCCCUUGGAAGAAGGCUUACCCAGCGACAUCUAUUUCAAGUUCGUAGCUCUGACUGCAGGGGAGGAAGAGGAGGAAGAGGAGGAGGAGGAGGAGGCCAAGGAGCCAGAAGGCUUUCUUGCAGAAGUGCCAGCUGAAGAACAAGUGACCGUGGACCCUUUGAUGGGAUACACCAUUGAGGACAUUCGCUCGGUUCUGGGCCAGCUCACCAACGACCACAUCAGCAACCUUCAGAUUUUGGCUGCUCCGAUGCAUCUCGUGGAUUAUAUCUGGAAAUCCAUGUGGAAUGACCUGUUAACAACCCCGUGAAAGUACCACUUCCGGCAGGGAAGGAAUGCCUGUUUCGUUCCCUUUUACUGUGCCUUUUAUUGCAAAUUGAGCUGUUUAACAAUAAAAAAA